GCACUGUUUGUCAACAAAACGUAUUCCUUCGAUGUGCUGAAACCGCUGCUGCGUUGCUCGGGAUGGCGUCCAUCAAGCAGGAAAUAUCGAACAUUUGCCGAUUUUGUCUAAACCAGGACGAAGAGUAUCUCAUUCCAAUCGUGAAAAUGCUGGACGCUUCGCUAACGAUCGAGGAUGUACAGCGGUUUUCCGGGCUUAAGAUAAGCACCGACGGCUACGUAACGUACACAAUGUGCCUGGAGUGUACGAACAGUUUGAAAAUUUCGGCCAACUUCCGUAACACCUGCCUGAACAAUGAUACGCUUUUCCAUGAGCUGAGCAACGUGCUGGCGGCCAGUGCCGAGAGUGCGUACGACGACACCGUUGAGUAUCUGGAAAGCGAGUUCGAUGAGGAGGAUGAGGAACAAAAAGUGUACGAAGUACAGGAACAGCAACCGAUGGACGUCUACACGAUAGAGCAGUGGACCGGACCGUCCAGCCCAAAGAGCGACCCGGACGCGGACGUGCGGUACGAAGAGGAGGAGUACAUUCUGGAGGGCACGGAGGGCAUGAGUGUGAGCAACAGUGAGGAGGCGCUGGACCAGCUGGACGAUUUCCGCUACUCGGCCAACUACAUCGAGCUCGGCGAACCGAUGUCCGAUGAUGACGGUGUAGACUACAUGCUGCUCGAGCGAGAUAGUGAAUCUAGAAAGCGGGACCGAAAAUCGAAACGAGAUGAGCGAAUGCGCGGCAAGCGCAAACUACACCUGUGCGACUGGUGCGGCAUAUUCGUGAACCAUAUACCGAGCCAUAUACUGAUCCACCAGGAGGAAGCCACCUACGGCUGCCCGCACUGUCCGGUGCGGAUGAAGCAGAAGGGCAAUCUGGCGCAACACAUCCAAACGGUGCACCUGAAAACGGUUGGCAAGCGGUGUGAAAUAUGCGGCAAGGGCUUUAUCCAUCACAAAACCUACCGAUACCACAUGCGCAUGCAUCAGGACGCUGGAGAAUCGUUUGAGUGUCAGGUGUGCUCGAAACAAUUUGCCCGUUCCUGUGGUUUGGAAGAUCAUUUAAAAAAGUUUCACAGCAUAGGGAAAACCUGCUCGAAAUGAUUUGUUCGAGGCGUAUGCGAGGUGUGAUUUUCUAUGCAAAUGGACAGAAGGAGUGAAAAAGGGUUGAUGCGGAAGAGUGCAAACUACAACAGGUCGUUUGAUAGAGAUGUGUUUUUUUAACUCAACUUUAAAUAAGAACCGGUACAGGUCACCCCAUAGGCCCUGUGAUGCUCCAACUCGACACGGCUGGGAUUGUGGUGGGUCUCAUCAUGUUUUUUUUUCAGUUGCUUUACUCGUUAACAAGAUCACGGGAAUGAUUCCUAGAGUUGCCCUCCGUUAAAUGAAAUGUGAAAUGAAAAAAAAAAACAAUAUGUUGUGUGGAAUUGAAAUUCGUCAUGACGACGGGCCAGAAAUUGUACAUAGAUGCACCUGCAAGAUUCAUACUGUAACUGAUUAUUUUGUACGUUUUAAUAAAGGAAUCAUUGUAUAAUACUAUACAAUGUAUUUUAAGUAA